AUGUCGAUGUCAAAUAACCCGGGCCAUUUCUUUCAGACUGAGUAUGCUAAACAUCCUCGCGAAUCUCUGUAACUUAGCUAACCAUUCUCAUAGGACAGCUCUGGCCAACGCCAAACGACGUGCUGCAAAGUCCUCCAAUAGAAAUGGUUCUCCAAUAACCUUGGAUUCUAAGCUCCUUUCCAUUAUUCCAGAUUUGAACUCUCCAAUGUGUGUUUAUAUCGCCGAAAGCUGUGGAAUCACCCGCAGAGUAGACCUCGAAGUCUGUAAGAACCAUGAAUCUAGUCAAAUACCCGCUGAAUUGAGCUGACGGACGAAAGUCGGGGGAUAAAUCAUACAUAUACAAAGGUCACACAGCGCCAGUGACCUCCCUCGCACUUAAUGCCGCUCAAGGGAUUCUUUUUACGGGCUCAUGGGAUAAAACAAUCAACGCGUAUUCGACGGAAACACGUCAGAAACUUCGUACCUUUGCCGCCCACUCAGAUUUUGUAAAGAGCCUUCUCUUUCUUCCUUCCCCGAAACACGAGGGCGGGCUGCUCUUCUCUGGGUCAAGCGAUGCGUCAGUCAUAAUUUGGGACGCCGGGACAGGUCAGAAAUUGAGUACUUUGAAGGGGCAUAAUAGAGCGGUGGGGGCACUUGCAGUAGAUCCAGUUGCUUCAAAUUCAGAGACCGCCAUUAUCUACUCCGGUGGCAGUGAGAGGGAUAUCAAGCGCUGGGAGAUCCCGUAUGCAAACGUCAGCGCAGCUACCGAGAGCAGAGAAUCUAUCGCGGAACACGACACCAGUGUUAAUACGAUCAGAUUUCAGGGAGAAGACGCGGACAUGUGGACUGCAUCUGCAGAUAAUACUGCUCGGAGAAUUGAUAUCCGAACUGAGGUUAAAGAGGACGAUGCUAGCCGGAGCGAUACUGUUCUAAAACACCCUGACUACGUUAACGAUGUGGUUGUAGAGCCGAGAGGAAGGUGGGUUAUUACGGCUUGUAGAGAUGAAAAAGUCCGAGUAUGGGAUAUCAGUGUAGGCAGUCCCCUUCACUAGGUUACGUCUCAGAUCCUGACCUGGUAUCAGACUGGCGAACUUUAUCACAUAUAUGAUGGACAUAUCGAAGAGGUCACAGGCCUAGCUAUCGUCGGCAAAGGUGAGAUGGUGGCUAGCAUAUCAAUUGACAGGACAGUGCGGAAGUGGCCUCUGCGGGCUGUAGAUAUGAAGAAAGCCGUGGAGGAGAAAAAGCGACAAGAGCAAGGGAUAAAAGAGGAACCGGUGCAGGAAAGGCAAGAGGGACUUCUCACAGAGGAAGAAGAGAGAGAGUUGGCAGAAUUGAUGGAUGACGAUGAUUAG